CAGUAUGCUGUGCUGUCUUCAGUUACUAUCUACUCUUCGUUAGUUCAAACGCGAUGCUCCAAGAGACGAUAAUUUUUUACAAUUUGAAUUACUGAUAUACUUGAACGUAUUUGUCCCAGUGUUAGUUGGACUGGAUUAAGGGUGUCGUUUGUAUUUGGCCAUUAAAAAGAAGCGUGUGAAACAAUACGGAAAUGUUCAGGACGCAAUUACAUCUGUGUGGAAUAAUUUUGGUAAUCAUCGUACCUGCAAUUAUUUCCAUGGAAGUUUCAGUGCAAGAAUCCCAUAAAUGUCCCAACAUAACAGAGUGCCCUUUCCGACCACAAUCGUGUAACGAAGACGACGAAUGCAAUCCAGACAGCAACUGUUGUGAAAGUCCUUGCGGAAGAAUCUGUACGAAACAACUUCGAACUGGGUGUGAAACUUUACAUAACGCCGCUUCAAGAAGAGCUAAAUCUUUAGGAAUGGAUAUUAAAAAAGUACGAACGCCUCGUUGCAAUUUGAACGGAGGAUUCGAACCAGUCCAGUGCGAUAAUGAAAUUGUUAGUUCCUGUUGGUGCGUGGAUGAACAGGGAUUUGAGAUUGCAGGAACUAAAGCACCUGCCGUCGCUUUAGUCAAUUGUACAGCUCCAAAACCGUGCGCGGGUCAUACAUGUCGAAUGUUUUGCCCGCAUGGCUUUGCACUCAAUGAUGACGGCUGUCCACUUUGUAAAUGUAGAGAUCCGUGCGAAAAUGUCAAGUGUCCCAAAACUUUAGAUUGUCAACUUGAAGAACUGGCAUGCUCAGAUCCUCCGUGCCCACCGAUUCCGACGUGCAAACGUGGAAGAAGUUUAGAUAAUAUCUGCCCAGUUGGUGGCCCGCUAAGGAUUAGUGAAACAGUUCGUCCAUUCUUGUGCGGAAACGAGCCGUCAAAACCAACAUGUCCACCAUUGUAUCAAUGCCUCGUUCAACCAGGUAACGACUAUGGAGUCUGCUGUCCAGCUUCGUUAAAGAUACAAAAAUCGGGCUCGUGUCCGGCCGCAACCGAGAAACAGUACGACUGCGGUCUCCUAUGUACACACGAUUUGGAAUGUCCCUCCGUUCAAAAGUGUUGCAGUUCUGAUCAAUGCGGAUCGUCGUGCGUUCAUCCGAAAAAUGUCACGGAAUGCUUCCAUCAGAAAACGCUGAGUAGUCUUUUGGCAGUUAACGAACGCGUGGGACGCGGAUAUGUGCCGCAAUGUACUGAUGAUGGCGAGUUUACUCCAAAGCAGUGCAGCAAGAAUGGCUUGGUUUGUUGGUGCGUGGAUCGUAUGGGAGCCAAACUGAAAGGUUCAAUGGGAGGCGCUAAGAACGUUAAUUGCAGUUUAGCGGACGCUCGUACAUACUCGGCGGGGCGAAGCAUUGAUAGAAGCAUGUGCGAAAAACUAGAUUGUGCGGCAAUAUGCGAAUAUGGGUUCAAAUUAGAUGAAAAUGGGUGCAGUACGUGCAAAUGCGAUGACCCUUGCGCUGGUUACGCAUGUUCUGACGAUGAAGAAUGCGUGGUCGUGCGAGAGUCAAGUUGUAGCGACUUUUUAUGCCCAACAUUACCAGUCUGUCGCCCUAAGGCUGCAUACGUAAACCCAUGCAAGCGAGGUACACCAUUAACUGACGAUUUGAGAGGUGUUCCAGUCGCUUGUACGGAUAUGUGCCCUCAAAACUUUGAAUGUACGACAGUGGCUGGUUCUCCUAACUCGGUAUGCUGCCCUGCAUUCGAAGACGAAUACCAAACAAACACGGAAACUGUUUUAGACACAACAGCCACACAAGAAACGAUAACAGGCGAAGAAAAAGUGCAAACUAUGUGCGAAUAUUUGAAAGACUUUGCCGAAAACAUGGAGGGAACUAGGGAAGGAAUGUCCUUGGCACUUCCUGAACCUUCUUGCGACUCGAAUGGAAACUACCAUCCGCUGCAAUGUCACAAUGGGAAAUGUAUAUGCGUCGAUGAUUACGGUACCGAAAUACCUAAAAGCAGAGGGAAAAUCAAUACAACAGAAGCUUGCGUGGAACUGCGAAAAUCUCUUGACUGUCUGGAUUUAACGUGCAGAAUGGGAUGCGACUAUGGUUUUGUUCUUGAAGAGGAUAGCAGCUGUCCCUCGUGCGUCUGUAGAGACCCCUGCGAGUCUAUCACUUGCGACGAGGGCCAACAAUGCCAAAUAGUUGAAGUUAGUUGUAAGGAUCACUACUGUCCACCAGUGCCAGCAUGUUUGCCGAAGAAAACUGGUCAAUGCCCGUACCUGGUUCCUGCGGUAUCGACAUCGUGCGACUUUGAAUGUAGUUCAAAUUUAGCUUGUAAUUCUUCCCAAGUUUGUUGCUCUAACGGCUGUGGAACGCAGUGUACAGACCCUCUUCUUCAAACAGCAUGCCAACACCACCAAGCGGUGACACAGCAUCACGCACACGAGUCGGGAACUCCCGCAAAUCGCGUUUACAUACCAAAAUGUGCGGAUGAUGGAAGCUAUGAACCGAAACAGUGCAAUCCGGCAACAAAAGAAUGUUGGUGCGUUGACUUCCGAGGAUUUGAAAUUUCGCAAACUCGAACUCCAUUGGACAACAACUUGGACUGCGCGAUCAAGUCCUACUCGGGAAACUGUCCAUUGUAUAAAUGCUCUGAGGAUUGUGAUCACGGAUUCGAAAUGGACGCAAACGGAUGCCGUACUUGCAACUGCAUCGACCCGUGCGCGUCGAUAACGUGUAGAGAGGACGGAGAAUCGUGCAGACUGGUUGCAAUAGAGUGCAUCGAUUCGCCUUGUCCUCCAAUUCCAAUGUGUUUGCCGAAACGCGAGAAUCCUUGCCAGAGUGGGGAACCGUUAAAAAUUGGAAACGAAAUUGCCACCUGCGGACCUGAAUACGAAACUUGUCCAUCGUCGCAUAAGUGUCAACUGAGUCCCUUGGGCGAAUACGCAGUGUGCUGCCCUAAACCACGAGACGUCUGCUUUGAACCCGUGGAUAAGGGUUCUUGUACCGAAUUAGAUGACGAAAGAAGCUUGACUCGCUUCUAUUUCAACACCAAGAGCAACAAAUGCGAUAGCUUUUCAUACAGCGGUUGCCAUGGAAACCACAACAAUUUUCACACUGAGGAAAUGUGUAACGCGGUCUGUCCAGUACUGAGCCAAUGCGAACGGCUACGCGAGAAAAACCUUAAAAUGUCGGAAAGGUUUAAUAAGUCCACCUUUAUACCGCGAUGCGAUCCUGCAAAUGGCAAUUGGAAGCCUGUGCAGUGUAUGGAACAUGUUGGGGUAUGCUGGUGUGUAACUCCCCAGGGUCAAACGCAGAAAGGAACCGUCGUGAGAGGACAAGAGCCUGAUUGCAACUUUAGGCAAGCCAGAGGGCGGUCGAGGGAUAAAAUACAACCAACUGAUGUCGACUUAAUACUCGAAGAACUCAUGAUGCACAUUGCUUCAGUGACUCCAUACGAGAAUCCAGAUUUACGCAAAGACGAAUACGAAAAUGUAUUGGACGAUCGGCAAUUCUUGACCAGAUGUGAAGCAUUAAAAUCCCAAUGCGAUACACAAGGGAAGUUUUUACCAGCUCAGUGCGAUCAGGAGCAAUGUUGGUGCGUGGAUGAGGCUGGAAAUCAACUCCCUCACACAAAUUCAUUCAAACAGGGAGAACAGCUGUGUUUACCGACGCCCAUCGAGUACGUGGAGGUGAUUAUUGGAUUUAGAGGAGAAUACGACGAUAUCACCGCAACACCCGUUUUAAAUCGCAUUAAAUCCAUUAUCAACCAUUAUAAGGGUUCUAUCAGAGACAAUGAAAUAGUAAUGGAGACUACUCCUGAAGCGCUCCAUAUAAAAUUUGCGCUCGUAGGCGGUAACAAAGUGGAUGUUGCAUACCUCUUGGAACAAAUGGUAAAAGAACAAAAACUCCCAGGUCUUUUCUCCGAUAUCACAAAAUCAAGUUUCAUACACCAGUUGGGUUCCUCAGAACCCUCUACAGCUGAACGAAUAAUUGCAUUAGAACACAGAGAGAUAGUUUCCCAGUCACCAGUCUCGGUCAUAGCACCUUAUCAUACAGCAAUGAUAGUGAUCGCAGCAGCGUCAGCUUUCGUUAUUUGUACCUUGACAGUAUUAGUUAUAUUAUACAGAAGAAAGUCAAUCACCAUUAGCCAUUCCACACACAAGGUGUUAGACGCGCCUCAAAGGUUUCUAUCGACAAGUGCCCCAAUUUACAUCGAACUUCCAAACGAACAAUUAACUCCGCCUCCAAUUCGACAAGACGACAAAGUUGUUCCACCAACUUAAAGUCCGACUGAUGUUUUAUUAGCUUCUGUAAUAUAAAACUUUAAUAUUUAAAUUAAUUAACGAUUAAGUAAAAAUAAAAAGAAUCAUGUAAGUAAAUGUAUUUAAUUCGUAAAUAUGGUGAUAUUAGUUAAUAAACGUUCUUACUGUAUCA